CAGUGGCAAAAGUUUGAUUUGUGCAAUUUAAGGUUCAGUUUUCAGUUCAGCUCCCUGUUUCACGGGAUAUGUGUAGUUCAUUACUGCGUGCUAGCAGAUUCAGUGUUAUUGUGUGUGUGCAGUGCAGUUCAUCGGUGGGGCAGUCUGGCUGGCGGCCAUGUGUUGUUCUUGCUCCUACCUCGGAUCCAAUUCUCCAUGACAUCCAUGUCUGCGACUGUGGUUUGGGCAGCACAUGCAGCUGACAGCACGGUGUUGUUUCAGCUCGUUGGCAUGCGACUCUGUACCGUGGGCGUGCAGCUCACCAGUGUCAGGCUUGCAGUUCCUUGGCGUUGGCAACCAAUAGUUGUUGGCAUGCCUCUCUGGGCUCCUACCAUAGACCUGGAUAUGUGGAUAGAUUUCAUUUAUUCAAUGGUUCGUUGAUGCACGAGUAAACUAGCAAAGCGGCAUCCUGCUUAUGUAGCUUUCCAUCCAUUGACUAGCCGGCUAUCCAUGCAACUGGUGAUGACUGUGCAGCAGCCAAACUUAAAUAAAAAUCAUACAUCCGGCCUCUAAUCCCUUGCAAUUGAUUAUAUAUUUUAACAAACACGAGAUGACGAAACAUCAUUUAAUUUUAAGAGAAUCAAUAAAUUAUAGAAACUGAAGUGGCAUAUAUAUGACAGUCUGAUCUGUAGGCUUUUUAUGUUUUUUUUCCAAAAGCAGAGAAGGAAAAAGAAUCUCAUCUCCAAAGUGUUCAGUGCAGAGAAGAUGAACCAUGCAAAAACUCAAGGUGGAUCAUGGUGGCUUCACUGCUGGCGGAACGGCAGAGGGUUUGGCUGCUACCAGGGUGAUUCAAAGGGAGUAUAUAGGUUAGACGAGCCGCUGACAAAGACAGGCCUCUAUUCUAAAUUUUUACUUGCAAAGAUGGACCAUCAGCUACAUAAUAUGUUGGCUAAACUCUCACAGGUUUGGAGUCGACCAAGGAAGUCACAGUUUAAGAGCUCGAGGAGGAGGGGCGUGUGGAGGUUCCCGCCGCCAGUGGCUGCACUGCUGGUCUUCGUCGCCUGCUCCUGUCAGAUCCAGCAUGACCUACCCUAUCGGUUCUCCGUCGCUUCACUCUGCUUCAUGUGCAUAUGUGCAGAGAAGAUGACGACCCCGCCCCUGUUCUUCGCCAGCCACACUCUCCCUUAUGCGGUAAUAAAUCUCAAGAAAUGCCCUUUUCGUUUACAUGAACAUCAAACCUACUUUUUUGUUUGAUGUUGGUGCAUGUCCAGCCUGAUAUGUGUGUUUGGCUGCUGCUGUGCGAUUGCUGGCUGUGUUGCUACUUGUGGCAAUAGUUAUUUUGUUUAAGUAUGUGGGACGACAAUGCUUCUGUCUUUUGGUGGAAUCAUUUUCCUUUUAAUUUAAUUACCUGAGAAAAAAUUCUAUAUUUUCUU